AUGAGUACUAGAUUUAAGGAUGUCAACGACCUGAUUAUACCAGAAUGGGUAUUGAAUCCAUUUUUAGCAGAUAUACAAAAUGUCCAACCAUUAAUUCAAGAAGAACUACUGGAAGUGAAGCACAAUGAAGAAGCUAAAAUCGAUUUUAAACAUAAUGGAUACGAGUUGUUUUGGCUCAAACAAAAAAUGAUGUUCCCUCAACUUUGGAAAGAAGUGGAAUUACUAAUUAUGGCUUUUCCGUCGACAUACCUGGUCGAAAAAGGCUUAAGUGAGGUUCAACAACUUUUGACCAAAUCAAGAAAUAAAUUAGAAAUAUGUGAAAGAGGAGAUUUAAGACUAAUGCUGACAUCUAUUGAGCCAGAUAUCAUUUCGUUAGCAGGAAAACAUCAACUUCAGGGCAGUCAUUAG